GAUGGUAGCGCAGGCCAGCCGGUCAGAUCAGAGAUAUCGGGGCGCUGGGUCCUGCCAGAUAUCCAUUCUCCCUUGUCGCAGGGAGGUGGUCUUCUCUUUGGCUUCGCACCAAGUGUGUUCCAGGGAGGAUUUUCGCUGAAGCUGAGAGGCCCCUCCCUGCUCAUUUACUGUACCUUCUCCAGCUGGGUGGACCAGUCCAGGACUACAGAGGAACCAUGUCUAAGGCACCAGCAGUUGGUAUCGAUCUGGGCACUACCUACUCCUGUGUAGGUGUGUUCCAGCAUGGCAAAGUGGAGAUCAUUGCCAAUGACCAGGGAAACAGGACCACACCCAGUUACGUUGCCUUCACUGACACGGAGAGGCUGAUUGGUGACCCUGCAAAAAACCAAGUUGCAAUGAACCCCACAAACACAGUGUUUGAUGCGAAGCGGCUCAUUGGACGCCGGUUUGAUGACGCCAAUGUUCAAAGCGAUAUGAAACAUUGGCCCUUCAAUGUCGUCAAUGAUAACUCGCGUCCCAAAGUUGAGGUGCAGUACAAGGGGGAGACCAAGAGCUUCUACCCAGAAGAGAUCUCCUCCAUGGUGCUGCUGAAAAUGAAGGAGAUUGCAGAUGCGUACCUUGGCAAGACGGUAACCAAUGCUGUUGUGACCGUGCCGGCCUACUUCAAUGACUCUCAGCGUCAGGCCACCAAAGAUGCCGGCACCAUCUCUGGACUCAACAUCCUUCGCAUCAUCAACGAACCGACUGCUGCGGCUAUUGCGUAUGGCCUGGAUAAGAAGGUUGGCUGUGAAAAAAAUGUCCUGAUCUUUGACCUGGGCGGCGGCACUUUUGAUGUGUCCAUCCUGGCAAUUGAAGACGGCAUCUUUGAAGUCAAGUCGACGGCAGGCAACACCCACUUGGGGGGUGAAGACUUCGACAACCGCAUGGUGAACUUCUUCAUCACCGAGUUCAAACGCAAGCACAAGAAAGACAUCAGCGGAAACAAGAGGGCCGUGCGUCGUCUGCGCACAGCUUGUGAGAGGGCGAAGCGAACCCUGUCCUCCAGCACACAGGCCAACAUCGAAAUUGAUUCCCUGUUCGAAGGCAUCGAUUUCUACACUUCCAUCACCAGGGCCCGCUUUGAGGAGCUCAACGGAGACUUGUUCCGCGGAACUCUGGAGCCUGUGGAAAAGGCUCUCCGCGAUGCCAAGCUGGACAAGGGUGAUAUUCAUGAACUGGUUUUAGUAGGAGGCUCCACUCGUAUUCCCAGGAUCCAAAAACUGCUGCAAGACUUGUUCAACGGAAAGGAACUCAACAAGAGCAUCAAUCCAGAUGAAGCAGUGGCCUACGGUGCAGGUAUCAUCUACAAUAGAUUACUUUAA